AUGGCCGCUGAUGAGUACGUGAAAUCUGGAGUCCAACAAACGAAUCCAGACCCAGUGGAGUUGCCUGACAACACCGCAGAUAUUCAAGAGACUAUCGCCUACGCCAGUGAGCUCAUGCGCAUGUGCAUGAAAAAAAGUCUCCACGAACCCAUGAUUAGUUAUGUAGCUGCAAUAAGAGAGCAAACGAAAAAAACUGGGAGAGCUUAUUGGUUCUGA